AUGACUGCAGUCAUCCUAAGUCAAAGCACAAUGCUUCCGAAUAUUCUAGGCAUAACUGUGCACAGUGUCUUCUUGUUUUUUACACUCCUAGGUGUCCUCGUACUCGUCGUACACCUGGUUCCGUAUUUUAUCGACCCGUAUCAUAUUCGGUCAAACGAUAUUAAAGGACCGUCCUUGGCUGGAUUCUCUGGCACCUGGCUCGGAUGGGUUGCAGUCAGCGGACAUCAGUCUAUCGUAGUUCACCAGUUGCAUAAGAAGUUCGGAACGUUUUUACGAUUGGCACCCAAUCAUGUCUCCAUUAGCGACGUGGAAGCACUCCAGGCCGUCUACGGCCAGGGAAGCGGCACAUUGAAAUCCAACUACUACGAUGCUUUCGUCGCCUUUCGUCCUAGCAUUUUCGAGACCCGUUCAAAGGCUGAGCAUUCGAGGAAGCGCAAAGCUAUCGCUCACGUAUUCUCGCAGAAGAGUGUCGCCGAAUUCGAGCCGUUCGUCCGCCUUCAUCUCGCUGAACUCUUUGAGCAGUGGGAUAAGAUGUGUGAUGGUGGUAAGAAAGGAAUCUCUGGUGCUGAAGGUGAGGAUGGCUGGAACGGGCACGACGGACGCGUCUGGUUCAAUGUCGCGCCGUGGUUUAACUAUCUGGGCUUCGAUAUCACAGGCGAUCUUGCUUUCGGCUUUCCAUUCGGUAUGGUUUGUAACGCAAGUGACACAGUCCAGAUCACGGUGGACCAGAAAGCAUCUAUGGAUAAAUACGGUCAGAAGGACGCAGAUCAGGGUUCGGGAAAAUCAGCCAUCGAGACUGAGACGAAGGAAAUCCAAGCCGUGAAAGUAUUAAACAAUCGUACUAAUUUUGAUGCCCAUGCGGGAUCGUUUCCACCACGAUUUCGCCCAUUUAUGCGACGUCUACCGCGAUUUUCUGAAUGCCUUCAGAGCUCGGAGGACCUAGCGGGUUUCACCGUCACAGCAGUUGCAAGGCGUUUAGCAUUUCCAUCGUACAGAACAGACAUUUUGAGCAAGCUCCAGCAGUCGAAGGACGAACAUGGAAAGCCCUUCAGUAAGGAGGAAGUGACUUCAGAUGCCCAAACAAUGCUCAUAGCUGGUUCAGACACUGUGUCAAAUACAUCAUCUGCAACAGCAUACUACAUUGCAAAAAACCCUGGCGUUCAAAUUAGGCUGCAGAAAGAGCUCGACGAGGCGUUCGCUGCCUCUGAUGACGCCGUAGCGACGUACGCGCAAAUCAAGGACCUACCGUAUCUUGCUGCGGUAGUUAAUGAAGGUUUACGUCUGCAUGCGCCAGUUGGCGUCGGACUUCAGCGCGUUGUCCCCAAAGGUGGUCUUACCGUAUGUGGGAAGUGGUUCCCGGAAGGGACAAUCCUCAGUGUGCCGACAUACACGAUUCAUCGAGAUCCCGGAGUGUGGGGUGAGGAUGCAGACGCGUUCCGUCCUGAGAGGUGGCUUGAAUGUGAUCAGUCCGUUAUGCAAAAGGCGUUCAAUCCAUUCUCGAUUGGACCAAGAGCAUGUAUUGGACGCAAUCUAGCCUUGAUGGAACUUCAGUUAUUUGCAUCUUCCAUCUUCCAUCGAUACGAAAUCGUACUUGAAGGGGUGGACAAGCCAGAAUAUGCAUGCAUGCCACCCAACCAUGUCUCUAUAAGCGAUCCAGAAGCACUUCACGUUGUUUACGGACACGGCAGCAGGACACUAAAAUCAGACUAUUACGAAGUAUUUAACUCCGUUCGGCCUAGUAUCUUCAGUACGCGUUCGAGGACGGAACAUGCUCGAAAGCGCAAGGCCAUCUCGCAUGCCUUUUCAUUAAAAAGCGUUUUGGAGUUUGAGCCAUAUAUUCACAUACAUAUUACCUUUUUCCUAGGGCAAUUAGACAAGCUCUGCGACGGAAAACUGAAUAUUCCUUUAGAUACGGAAGACGAUAUGUGUUGGGAGGGUCAAGGUGGACGCGUUUCGUUCGACAUUAUGCCUUGGCUCAAUUACCUGGCCUUUGACAUCAUUGGUGCUUGCGUUUGGAUCUCCAUUCGGUAUGUUCGUAACGCAAGUAACACUGCACCGGUAGCCGUAGACCAGAAAGCCUGCUUGGCCCGGCGGAGCAAAAUAGGCGCAGAUACCGACAGCUUUGAGAGCGAACAUAUAGAAGUAAAAGAGAUUGAACGCUUUUCUGGGCGCACUCCCGGCGAGUUUACCGUGGCAGCGGUUGCAAAGCGUUUAGCAUUCCCGACGGAGCGAGCCAAUGUUUUGAGUAACCUUUUUCUUACCAAAGAUGAACAAGGAAGGCUGCCGAGUAGGGAGGACCUCACCCAAGACGCUAUUACGCAGCUCGUCGCAGGAUCUGAUACCGAUUCAAGCAAAUCUGUGAAAGCAUGCCAAGCUCCAGAUGGAGCUGAACGAUGCAAAGGCCUUCCACGAGUUAUCGGGGAAAGUGGCCUCACCGUGUGUGGGAAGCGGUUUCCGGAAGGUACAUGCGUCAGUGUACCGUCGUAUACAAUACAUCGUGAUCCCUUAGUUUGGGGUGAGGAUGUAGACGUCUUUCGUCCUGAGAGAUGGUUCGAACGCGACCCCUCUAUUAUGCAGAACGCCUUCAAUGCAUUUUCGUUCGGCCCCAGAUUCUAUGAUAUCAUCCUCGAAGAGCCAGACAAAUCCCUUGAGAUCCACAAGACCUUCAUCCGCAGACCAAUAGCCUGCCACAUCGGACUGAAACGACAAUACGACUAA